AUGACAUAUUAUACAGCUGUUGUUGUAGUAAAAGCUAAUUGUAUCACUAACAUCCACCGCAGUCCUGUUGAGGCUAGUACAGCAUCAUCUUUGAGUAAAUACUUCUACAUUCCAGAUAUGUUCAAUCACAGACUUCUUCUUUCUCUUGGAAUCUUUUUUGCUUUCGCACGACAAGGAGAGAGUUGUCAACCACCAGCGCCAGUUUACCGUCAGGAUUCUCCGAGUCUAAGGACAGCAGAUAAUUCCGCAGAUCCUCCUCCUUCACCUCCUGUUCCAUCACAAAUCUCCUUUUCGAGUGAAAAAACAUUGAACGAUGAUGCAUCUUCAUAUUCGAAAUACUCGCUAAAUAAUGGAGUAUCGCAGUCGGAUGCAUUGAUUCAGCGAGCACCCUCUGCUCAGCAUCGAGAAUACAUACCGUAUCCGGGUUACAUCGCACCACCAGAUUACCCUACGCUACAACCUCAGGACAACGAAGCAGCAUCUGUGUUUUCUCAAACGAAUGACAUCAACAAGGCUCUUGCGGGCUCGUUUACAUCUGACAGAGAACGGCCUUGUCCGACUGAUCUGCGCUCUCUAACAGAUUUUGCCGCUUGUAUACAGAUUGCAAGCGUUCCACCAGAUGGUAACUCUACCAGCUGUGACUUUGAGGACAACACAUUUUGCAGAUUUCAACCAACCUCUUCUCUAUUCCAAGUGGGGAGACUUCCUUUCUCCUCUCAUUAUGCUUCGGUGGCUGAGGUCUCUGGGCGCACCGUAAUGUUCCAGCCCAAUGGGAACUUCAUUUAUGCUCUAUUACAACACGCGCUCGCCGACGAUGAAGAGAUUUCAUUAUCUGCUCAUAUACCAUGUCAGCUUGGAAACGGUAUACUGAAAUUUAACUACUGGCUAAUCGGAGAUCAAACUGCAACCAUAAAAGUUUGCACGCAAGAUAUUCGAGCAAGAUCAUGUACAAAGUCGAUAAUCUACACGGACACGUCAGCAGUUGCUGUGGAGGUAGUACAUCCACAAGCAACAGAAUUUGGAAUUGAGAUUGUGGCAUCAAAUCUCUCCCUGCCAACACUGUUUAUAAUCGACAACAUCGAUUAUAAUGCCGAGUUCUGCGACAGUUCAGCAAAGCUCAACAAAGACUACACCCAUCCAACAGAAGAGCAAGUCAAAGCCUUCUUCGACGACGGCGACGUUACUCUUGUCACUGACAGCAGGGAAACUCAAGAUGCCAAUGAUGAAACAGAGCAAGAAGCAGAGCCGGCAGUAGACGAAGAAAAACCAAAAAGAGCUCCAGUCUCCUACAAGAAUCUCUCCGCCUGUCAAUUACUGACGUGCACCUUCAGUACCAGCAUGUGCCAUUAUAAAAAUUAUGAAAACACAAGCAUGAGUCUUGUCGAUUGGAAGCUGGGAAACAAAAGAGUUGGAAACAUUCAUACUGGCAUCAAAAUCGAUUAUGACGAUGACGACGCUGAUGGAGGGUUUCUCUUUGUCGGGACGGACAGUUCAGCUCUGGGACUGACAACGUACAUACUGGAAUCUCCUAACUUCUUCUUGCGUAGAGAAGCGCAACUCUCUUUCGAUGUUUACCGAAGAUCAAAAGAUAUCACAUUGCAGCUUUGUCUGGAUUCGCCAUUCUACUGUCCUUUCUCAAUUUCUCCUUUUGACAAACGCAUUCAAUGGAAACAAGGGGAGUCUUUCACCAUCCCAAAAAACACAACAAAGAUUUACUUCAAAGCAAUUCAGUGGCGGAAAUUCAAAUGGUUAGCGAUAGAUAACAUACGUCUCACGGGUUGCUGA